CAAUGUACUCUAUGCAUGUAUUAUACUACUCUAUGCUGUGGACGGAGUUGUGGAAUUUUUUUUCAAGUUAAGUGGUUGCUAGAGAAUUCGAUUUCUGAAUUCUGAUUUUUCACCACAAACGUUUUGCGCAAAAGUAACUGAUUAUUAUUAUUGCAAACGUUGUUUGCAAACGCGGUAUAUCGAAUUUGUGACCGUUUAUCGGAUAGCGACACCACGAUGUCUCUGUUUGGAUCUCUGAUGGGGAUGGCCGACGUGGAUGAAGAUCCGUUUUUCGGGUCGCACAUGAGGCACAUGCGUCAGAUGAACAACAUGAUGAACUCGCUGUUCUCUGACCCCUUCGGCAUGCUGGGCGAGGGGCCACUGUCCAUCAUGGGCGGCAGGCGAGGGAACGCUAUGAUGCCCUAUAUGCCUCAGAUGCCUUCAAUCAACAGGCUUCUGGCAGAUGUGACCGGCGGCCACGGGAUGGGCGCCAGCUCGUACUCCAGCAGCACGGUGGUCAUGUCCAGCGGACCCAACGGCAGUCCUCAGGUGUACAGCUCCACGAGCAGCACCAAGAUCGGCCCCAACGGAGUGAAGGAGACGCGCAACACGCUGCAAGACUCCCGCACCGGCGUGAAGAAAAUGUCCAUUGGUCACCACAUCGGGGAGCGCGCGCACGUGAUCGAGCGCGAGCAGAACGUGUACUCCGGGGACGCCGAGGAGCGGCAGGAGUUCAUCAACCUGGACGAGGACGAGGCGGAGGGCUUCGACAGGGAGUUCCAAGAGCGCGCCGGCGUCGCCCGCGGGCGCCCGCACCGCGCCGCCAUAGCCGCCGCGCCGCGCGAGCCCGCGCUGCUGGCGCUGCCGGCCGCGCGCCUCGCGCCGCCGCCGGCCGCGCACGCGCCGCACUCGCCCACGUCACACUCCGCCGGCGAGCGCCGCUACCGGCCCGCGCCACGCCGCCCCCUGCGCGCCUCCGCCAGCCCGCUCGCCACCUCGUCUGGAGUGCGCGAAGUGUACUCCGGCUCGCACCCUCAGCGCAGACACAAGCACCACAGACACCGACACGCGCCCAACGACAACUAGAUGACGUCACGUGACAUCGUGCAUCUAUCUCUAUGCGCCGCUCUAUGCUCUAUGGUCUACUCAUAUAUAACAACGUCAGGGAUUGUGUAAAUUGUGACAUACGAAAUAUAUCUAUAUUGUAUACCUUCUGUUGGUUUAACAUGUGACCCACGACAUAUCUAUUUCCAUUGUUCGACAAUAUGUAAUUUUGUCUUUACGAGAUAAUGUCGUGUGUCGCAUGUUAGGUCUUCUGAUGGUAUAAUAAAUAAUAUGGUAUCAAUAACUUCAAAUUCCUUUAUAUUUUCUAAAUGACAUUAACUCAGAUGACAAAUUAAAUAAACUAAAUGACUUAAACGGAUGAAUAAUCAUCAAUUAGAAAUAAAUUUUUAUAUGACGAAAAUAUUCAUUCAAUUUCGACUAUAAUAUCAGGAACAUCCAAUACUUCUGUUAAAGGAAUAACAAAGGAACCGAAUAUAAAACAAUCUUCAUCUUUAAAGAAAAAUCUUCAUGAAAAGUCGACGAACCCAUGCGACAACGUCACCCAGGUCCGGC